GACGGUGGAUCACAUGCUGUCUCAGUGUCCGUGUCACCAUGUCGGCCCUCAGCAGCCGGCUGGCGACGCUCCUGACUUUGGCCGUGCUCAUCGUGACGGCCGGCUGUUACGAUGGCAAGUCCAUCCCCCUGGAUGAAUACGUACAGCAAGUGGUGCGUGAUGAACUGCAGUCCAUCGUCAGCACGCUGCAGUCAGGAACGGAACGUCUGGAGAACAGGCUGGAGUCUAGGAUGGAGGCUCUGGAGCGCAGAAUGGAGGAGCUGACCGGCCGACUGGACAGCCAGCAGACUCAGCCGGACGAGUCACAGACGUCUCAACUGGCUACAAGACUCAACAGCCAGCAAUCGCAACUGAGCGAGCUCAACACCCAGCUCAACGAACAAAAAACGACUCAGAGUGAGGUUUCAGUCAGAAUGGAUAACCUGACCUCCCAGGUUGACAUUCUAGGAUCCAAGCUGGUCGGAGCCAUCAACAACACAUCAUCCCAACAGGAGCGUAUUGAUGACCUAGCUGCUAAGGUAAAACAGCUGACCCCUCCCCGUGACUGCAGCGGUCUGCCUGUCAACUCCCCGUCUGGUGUCUACCUCCUUCGGCCCAGUGGUAACAACAAACAACCAUCCGUCCAGUCGUACUGUGAUAUGGACGCUGCCGGAGGGAACUGGACGGUGAUCCAACGACGAGACGAUAUCAAGCCCCACCAGGACUUCUACCUGGGAUGGAAAGACUACAAGGAGGGCUUUGGUAAAGUUACCAAAGAGUUCUGGUGGGGCUUGGAACACGUUUAUCAGCUAACGUCAUCGGGCCGACAGUACGAACUCCGCGUUGAUCUGGAGGCGUUUGACGGUAAUCGAGUAUACGUGGUAUACCAAGGGUUCAGCGUCUCCUCUGAGCUGGAUGGGUACAGACUGAGCUGUACCAACUACUCGGGACCUGCCGGGGAUGGUCUGAAGUACAGCGUCAAUGAGAAGUUCUCUACCCGUGACCGUGACCAGGACAGCAACGCUAACUAUCACUGUGCACAGCUCUAUCAGGGGGCCUGGUGGUACGGCAGGUGCGGGGACAGCAACCUGAACGGACGGCACCGGGACGGCGUUAUUAGGGACUCCACUGGAAUAUGGUGGUGGGACUGGAGGGGAUAUGAGUCACUGAAAAAGGUCGACAUGAAAAUCAGACCAACGUACUAAUCUACACACUGUGGUGUGUAGAUACCCCGGUGACAUGUGUACCGAGCCGCUGUCACGGUAUUUAGUCGAACACUAACACUGUAGUAGGCCUGAGGGUUAGAGUGUGAAGUUCUUACUUACUCAUGUGACGUUGUACGAGGGUGCAAUUCGGCGCUUUUCUGCGGAUGAGAAGUAUUAUGUGCGAUUAUCUAUAGGACUCAAUACAAGUGUCCGUCGGUCUCUCUCCCUCCCUCCCUCCCUCUCUCUCUCUCUCUCUCUCUCUCUCUCUCUCUCUCUC